CCCACGAGAACAUGCCUCUCACAAAGGAUCUCCUUCAUCCCUUUCCAGAAGAGGAGAAGAGGAAACACAAGAAGAAGCGCCUGGUGCAGAGCCCCAAUUCCUAUUUCAUGGAUGUCAAAUGCCCAGGAUGCUAUAAAAUCACCACCGUCUUUAGCCAUGCACAAACAGUAGUUUUGUGUGUUGGUUGCUCUACUGUCCUCUGCCAGCCUACAGGAGGAAAAGCAAGGCUUACAGAAGGAAGCUCCUUCAGACGGAAGCAGCACUAAA